AGAAUGUGAAGUCAGAGACAUUUCCAGCUGUUAAGAUGGAGCUACUCACUGCCCUGCUGCGCCUUUUCCUCUUACGACCUGCUGAGUGCCAGGACAUGCUGGGGCGUUUGUUAUAUUACUGUAUAGGAAACUUUACAAGAAGAAAACACAUCUGCUGGCUUACCAGUGUUUCUGACUCUGCUGAACUGACAACUGUGUGUUUCCUGGAAAAGCAAAACACAGCAACAAACAUCUAAAAUGAGGAGCCCCCAAACUUUCGAGGAGCAAACUAAAUGUAUCAUGGACUGCCUGCUCACAGACUUCUUGGACACAACAUUGCAGUUUGCUAACCGGGACCUCUGUUGUAUAGAUGAACCAGAUUCAGGAGAUCCUUGCUCUUUUGAUGUGGUCGUCAUUGCUGCGCGCCUUCGGGCAUUGGGUGACCAGUUCAACGGAGAAUUGGAGGCUUCUGCCAAAAACGUCAUUGGAGAAACUAUUCGGGGACAGGCAGGAGCCAUACUCCAGGAUACAGUGAAAGCUCUCAGCAGUGCCUGGUGUGCUCAGGAUUCCAGCUUAGCUUAUGAGAGAGCAUUUCUGGCAGUGUCUGUGAAGCUUCUUGAGUGUGUGGCCCGCAUGGCUCCUGACAUGGCAAGGCAGGUGGCAAUCCCUGUGACAGAUAUGAUCAAUGCGAACAGUGCCAUCCGGGAGUUCAUCCAGGGUCAGGGAGGUUGGGAAAAUCUGGAGAGCUAAGAAGAGGUGGAAUCAUUCCUGAGGCUGAACAUCACUCCCUCUUUGACUGAUUGAGUAACUGAUUUCUGGCAAUUAAAACAAACAAAUUAAAACCCACUUCAUUUGGACAGAACUGAAUUUAGCUGAAUAAUUUCUUUUCUACUGAUUGUUAAUGUUUGGAGUAGCUCUUAGAGGCCUACUGAGACUUUACACUUUCUGUUUUUAUAUGAGUUUUAAUGAGAGCCUGUUGAAGCCAAGACCUCGAGACACAAAGUAAUGACUUGUGAGUGAUGGAAUUCCAGGCAAUAGGGCAGGUCCUUGCUGGAGAUAUUUUGGGGGAAAAGAGUACACAAGAAACUGUUCCUUCAGUUUUAGCUCUGUCCUUUAGGAAAGAUCUUAUCUACUAAUUUUGCAACCUAAAGGAUUUCAGGGAAAUUUUUGGUGUGAAAAAUCUUAUUUUAAGUUGAGGAUUUUCUUUCAAAUCCAUAGCUAAAUUUCAUGUUCAUUUCAUCUGAGCAGAAUUAUUUUAUGCAUUUUAAAGUUUGGAAGCAAAAAAUAGCAGUUGUUCAUUUGUCUGUCUACUAUAAAGGUCAAAGAAAGAAAAAACAGUUACUGCAUUUUUACUACCACGGAAGUGCUGGCCCACAUCUAGGACAGUAGGGCCACCCCAGCUUAAAUGAAGCUAGCUGCACACCGCAGUGUUUUUCAGGUGUGAUUCACAGACCACUUAUAGACCCUGUUAAAUUGCUGAUUCCCAGCCCCCAUCCCUAGAGAUUAUGAUUCUCUCUCAUACCUUUUGAACUAGUUUCCCAGGUGAUUCUGACGCACACUAGAGUCUGAGAAUCAUCUCUCUAGAGCAGGGGUUGGCAAAUGAUGGCCCAUGGGCCAAAUCUGGCCUGCUGCCUGUUUUUGUAAAUUAAGUUUCAUUGGAACAAAGCCACACUCACACUCAUUUACAUAGUGUCUGUACUGCUUUCACACUACAAUGACAGAGCUGAGUAGUUAUGGCAUAAAACCUAAAAUUAUUAUCUGGCUCUUUACAGAAAAAGUUUGCCGACCUCUUCUCUAAAGCUAAAUAAAAGUUUUUCCUUUAAACUCUACUGCAGUCCUGAUAAUUCCUGCCAGACACGGUUGUAAAUAAUGUUUAAACUCAAAGAUACUUAACACUUUUUUUCAGAACCCAGUCUGAGAGUGUUAGUUCUGGCAUAGUCAACACUUUCUCCAGGGCCCUUGGCAAAUCAGAGAGGUCUUUGUCUCCUGAUAGUCAAUAGAGGAUACAUAUUUCCCUGCCCCUACCACAACUGAGGUGAUUAGAAGCAAAGCAUAUGGCUUUUAUGAUUUGUCUAUCGCAACAUAUUCCCUAAUCUAAUAGAUUAGUAGGCAUCCAUCAAGGAGAGACUCCUUCAUCCAUAAAUCCAAAAAUCAGGCUAUUUACCCUAAUGCUAAGCUGAAAACCAUUGCUGUAUCUAUUUUUGAAGAGAGACUUCAACGACUUUGGCUAAAGUCAAAGCUAACCACUUCCCCUCCCUCCAGCCAGCCAACCAUCCAGCUCUUCUAAAUACAGAGAAGUAAGCCUGUAGUGCUGCUAAUAUAUUUUGACUUUUCCUGGUUAUUAUUUCAUCCAUUCCUGGAUAAAUCAAAAUAGGUUAGUAAAGCAGAAAUGAGAUUUCAGGUUUCUCUUUAGUAGAAAUUAGCUUUUUCCCUACCAAUUAAGAGACCUGAUGCAUCCAUCUGUCUUUGGCAUUACUGUAAACUCAACCUGGUGAGUUUUGUAGUAUUUGACCUCUCUACUUACGAGACAAAAUUCUUCUGUCUACCCAAUCGAACUAAGUCUCAGCAAGUGUGAUCUAAGUUGAAUAAUAAAUGUCAGAGGCCAGCAGCCCCCUCUUUCUCUUUUCUUUCCCCUCCUAUCAGCUCCCUGUUUUAUCCUGUGUUGCCCAUAAAACAGACAGACACCAAUCAAACGCAGGGUUCUCUGCCCGACAAACAUAAUAGCCAAUCUAUAACACCGAGGUUUUAAAGAGAGAAAGAGUUUCUUGCCAUGCAAAACAAGGAGAUCAGAUGGCCUAUUGGCCUAAAAUCUGUUUCCCUGAACUGCAGUAACCCUGAUAGUUUUAUACUAUUAAAAGAUAGGCAGGUUUUAGGAUAAUGAGGAUAAUGGCUCGAGAAGACAAAUUUAGAGAUGAUCUAAGUAUUGAGCAUGUGCAGAUUGGUUACAUGCUUAGUCACAGAAUAUAUGUAAGAAAAUGGCAGAAUGAGGUAUAGGUUAAAGUUUAUAACUUAUAGGUUAAAGUAUAAGUUACUGCACAUGUCAGGUGUGCUAAUUUUGGUUAGACCUAGUUUUGUCUAGUAAGAUAGUUUAGGAAUUGGGGAGGGUUCUGGUCUGACUCUAGUUCAUUAAUAAACAUUAGGGGCUGUUUUUGUGAUCAUAAGACUCUAAAGUUGUAAAAUAGGAUAAGGGGGUACAAGCAGGGCCAGUCACAAGGUUUUUACAGUCACAAGAUAAAGGUUUAACAUUAUACAAUCAUCAAAGAUCAAGGCAGCUGGAUUACAGUUCAGUAAUUUCAGGUAUUUCCUUUUGGCUAUUUUAUAAUAUACUAGAAAGUAAUAAAAGCAUCUGUAUAAGAAUUCAAAAAUCAUAAUAUUUGUUAAUUCUUAACUCUGUUACAAGACUGAAUCUAGUUCCAUGUACAGUGCAGUAUCUUGAGAUGGAGGAUAUGGCACCCUUGUGAUUACACCAGGCAAAUGGGUAAAGCGGAUCUGGCCUGGGGUAUUAUGUUUGUUGCUAUGCUACCCUAUCCUAGGAGAGUUGAAGUGACAGGGAUGCAGGAAGAAGACACUGUAGCCCAUAAUUCAGGUGGUCUGAUUUUACAACUCAGUUCUAUCAUAAGCUAUUGUGAUAUUAGGAAAGUGGCAUAAUUGUGCCUUAGUUUCUUUAUCUGUAAAAUAGAGAUGAUUUGGUAACUAUUUCAUAGGAUUGUGAUGAGAGAGAAAUGAAAUAAUGCAUUUUGUAAAAGGCUUAGCCAAGUGCCUGGCACAUUUUAAAAACUGUGCCAUUAGCAAUUUGGAGCCCCUAUGAUUUGUAUUUCACAACAUUCUAGUUUGACAUUUUCCUUUCUACUUAGUCUCACAGAUGCAAGCAACUCAUAGCUUUACCUUUCAUCUCCAUAUAGUAUAAUAUAUGUAUACAGUAUAAUAAAGAACUUGGUUGGUCUGUAUCUAUGGUCUUCAGAGGUAAGCUCUACAUUCUUAGAAUUUCUUGUGUGUCUUUUGUUAUUCAAGGUGGGCCCCAGACCACUCCUGAUAGUUUAUCCUAAUGCGAUGGCUCAGGGUCAUCAGAGGGGAGGGUGGCCUGGCUAUACUGGAAAGACCAACCAUGUGGUUAGGGGAUUGAGACUUUGAGCUGGGUCAUAUCUGCUCUAGCUUCCUGCCUCUGGGGAGGGAAGAGGGACUGGAGAUUAAGUUCAACCAUGUGGGCUUUGAUUCAAUCAAUAGUGCCUGUGUAAUGAAACCCCAGUAUAAGCUCUGAACACUGAAGCUCAGCAAGCUUCAAUGAUUGGCUUCUGUGUGCUGGGAGGGUGACACAUUCUGACUCCAUGUGGAAAGCACAUGAAAGCUUGCACUUGAGACACUCCCAAACCUUACCCCAUGUGUCCUUAUUUCCAUCCAUUUGGCUAUAAUAAAACUGUAGUUUAAGUACAGUGCUUUCCUGAGUUUUGUGAGUCAUUCUAGUGAAUUUUCAAAACUGAGGGGGUGGUGGCAAUCCCCAAAUUUGUAGCCAGUUGGUCAGAGUGCAGGCAGCCUGGGCCCCUGAACUUGCAGCUGGUGUCUGAAGGGCCAUCUGUGGAGUCUGGCCUAACUCUGGGUAAUUAAGUGUCAGAAUUCUGUAGAAGCUGGUUUUGGAUGUUGUUCAAGUCAUUUUCAGGAUGAUUCCUAGAUCUCAUCUAUUUCCCUUCUUCCUAAAUCCAUGUUCCCAAACUCCAAUUCCAUAUUUCUGUAUGCCUUUCUUAUCCCCAUACUCACCCAGAUUGCCAUCCAACUAGUUCAAAACCUUAGUCAUUUUUUACCUUCUCCCUCUCUCCAGUCUUGUACACCUGAUUAGUCUUUCUCAUUUACUCCGUCCUUUUUGUCCUGAUUCUCUCUACCAGAGUUUGUUAUUACCUGCCUGUAGUAUUUAUUACUACUACUUGGCCUUUUGCUAAAGCAUUCUAACUAGUCAUCCUAUUCUAUCUAAUUGGUCAUCCUAUUUCAGGCUCACCCUAAUCUAGCCUGUCCUAUGUACUGCCACCAGACUGAUCUUCCUAUUUUAAGGACCAAAGCUGUGUUGUCUUUGUCCAUCACUUUGAUUUAUUUUUAGAGAUGGCAUAAUUCAUUUUGACAUUUUACAUACCAUGAAGGAGAUCACGAGACUUUUAAAAAAAUUAUCAGAAGGGGACAUUGUUUUAGAUCAACACUUUCCUAAAAUAUUGCUUUGUCUGUCUUUUUCUUAAAAUCUUUCAUUUUUGAAGAUGACUGGAUAUGUUCAUUACCUUGAUUGUAGCAAUGGUUUCAUGGAUGUAUACACAUGCGAAAACUUAAUAAAUUGUACACUUUGAAAUGUGUAGGUUAUCAUAUGCCAAAACUUUCUCAAUAAAGCUGUUAAAAAUAGAAAAAAAAAAAAACAAAAAAAAAAACCAACCUUCAGGGUUCCC